GUGGGCGUGAAGGUAUCAGCGGUAUCGCGCAAGACCAACACGACGCAAAGGGAGGUGGUGGGCAUCCGCACCACCGGGCCCACGCAGCUGGUGUUUCACGAUACGCCAGGGCUGAUAGUGGCGCUACCAUCGCAGCCCCUGUCAGCAUCGCAGCGCCAGGGGUCGCUGCUCGCCUCGUCCGCUGCCCUGCAUUGCCAUGUGGUGGCGCUCGUCAUUGAUGCCGACCGGCAGAUCCGGAGGCCGGACCCGCGGGUGCGGAGGAUGGUGGGGGUGGUGGGGGCGGAGCGGAGGGAGGGGCAGCAGCGCGUAGCGGUGCUGAACAAGGUGGAUCUGGUGAAGGACAAGCGCCUGCUGCUGCCGCUCGCACAGGAGCUCAGCUCCUUCCACUCCAUUGAGAGGUGGGGGGAGUGGAGGGGAGAGGUGGGAGGGGAUUGGGUGGGGGUGUUCAUGGUAUCAGCGCUGCAGGACAAGGGCGUGAACCUGCUGGAGGAGUAUCUCUUUGACCAUGCGGUGCAGGCGGCAUGGGAGGAGGACCCUCGUCUGCGCACGGACCAGUCGCCUGAGCAGCUGGCCAUGCAGAUCGUGCGCGAGCUGCUGCUGCACCGCAUGCACCAGGAGGUGCCAUACGCCAUAGAGCACCGCCACGAGUCGUGCUCUGUGCUCAGGGAUGGGUCGCUGCGCAUAGAGCAGCUGCUGCUCGUGCAGGACGGGUCUGCGCAUAGAGCAGCUAAGCUGCUGCUUGUGCAGUCUAAUGCACAGAGGGCCAUGCUCGUUGGCAAGGCAGGUCAGGACGUGCGGUAA